CUGUUUGUGUGUCCGGUGCCCGACCCCCAACACAUAAAUACAACCCGACCCGGCGUUGACAGUUGACACACAACCGCGCGCCCAGAACCAACGCUAUCCACAUAGUGUCCACCGCGCAUCGCAUUUGCGAAAAUUAUUCUUCUCGAACGAUCCGCGCGCUACGGUCGUAUACGUUUGCGUACGUUGAGCUGUUUUCACGCAACCCGUUCGGAAGGUGCGUGUGUUUCUUGCGUUCUAGCGGCAAAAAGAGCAGAGCCCCCCUUGUGUAAAAACGGGGUUUAGUGUGGCGUUUCGUGGGGGUCCACCGCCUGCUGUGCCACUUUAAAAAGUGAGCUUAAGUUUUCCACGGAAACGCAUUUCCAGCGCGCUCUGCUGGAAGCGGGGUGAGAGAGAAAAAAAACGAGUGCAAAAGAGGGAAAAAAAGUGUAACGAAAAAGUCUGUAAGCUUUUACCACCAAACAGUGGAAACAGUGGAAACAGUGGAAAAGUUUUUGUCUUCAACGUCACCUUCCGCCCCAGCUGGAUCUAACCACGAACCAGCAAUUGUGAGCCCGAACAAACCAGACUUUUAGUUUUCGGUGUUCGGGAAAAAAGACCCGCAAAAAGACCCGCAGAAUCCCCAAUGCGAAAAGUCAUCGUCGCGCUUUUGACAGUGGGAAAAGUGUAGUGUAAAAUAAAAACAGAGGAACAGUGUCCCGGAUUUUCCUUCCCCAAUGAAUGCUGUUAAAUAAUUUAAAUAAAAUUGGCAAAGUUUUAUCGUCGCUGCGGCGGUGCAGCACUGAAGCGUGCUUCAAACGGUGACGUAACCUCAAAAAUUAAACCCCGCCACCAAACGGUGACAACGCCAGAGAGCUCGCACAACUUCCAUUCCACAAAAAGGUUGGACAAAGCAGCUAUGGCACAUAAAACCACACUGUGGGGGUGUCACUGUUGGGCGUUGGUCCGCACGCUGUUACUCUCGACCUUGCUGGCAGUGGUGCUGUGGCCCGCCGGUGAAGCGAAUGCCCUGCCGUACGGUGCAGCCGACAUCGAGCUGGACGAGGCAAACGAUGCCGUCUCGCUGACCGCUUGCUAUGUGGAGGACCUGCGCAACAUCCGCGAACACUCGCAGAACCCGCUCGUCAUUCAGAUCAAUCACUGCUACCUGCAGGAGCUGCCGAACGCGAUCUUCAUACGCUUCACCGAUCUGCAGGUGUUGGAAAUUUGUGACAGCCGCGUGAACAACCUGCAAGACUUUGCUCUCAACGGGCUGCGCAACAUCGAGUCGUUGAACCUUUCGCGCAACAAUCUCACCACGAUCAAGUCCUGGAGCGAUCACGAUCUCGACACGCUGCAGGUGCUCGAUCUGCGCCGCAAUCUUAUCCGCUCGAUCGACGAGCUUUCCUUCCAGCGCUAUCCGGGGCUGGUGAAGCUCAGCUUGGCCGUGAACUUCAUCACCACCAUCCCGGACGGGACGUUCAAGCCGGUGGCAAAUCUGAAGAAUCUCAACCUGGGCAAGAACCUGCUAACCACCAUCGAGGAGGGUACGCUGCGCGGGCUGAACAAGCUGACGCACGUCGCGUUCCAUCACAACCGCAUCCGCACGAUCCAUCCGUUCGCGUUCGUCGGCAACGGCCAUCUGAAGGUGUUGCAGCUGCAGGGCAACCAGCUCGGAUCGUUCGAGCCGGACCUGUUCGGCAAUCUGCCGCGGCUUACCUUCCUGAACGUGAGCAGCAACGAGCUGGAGACGGUGGGGAAUUUGAGCUUCAAGAACAGUGGCGAUCUGCGCGUGCUCGAUCUCAGCUACAAUCGCAUCGGGCUGCUAGAAGACAACAGCUUCAAGGGACUUUAUGAUUUGGAGGCGCUCAACGUCAGCCACAAUCAGCUCGCAACGGUUAGCAAAUAUGUGCUGAAGGAUUGCGCUAAUCUGCGCGAUCUCGAUCUCUCCGGCAACAGGCUGGACUACGUGGGGCUGAAGCUGUCCAGCGCUACGCCACGGCUGGUGCGGCUCAACCUCUCUCGCAACGCGAUCGGUGAGAUCGAGCGGGACGUGUUUGAAGAUCUGCCGAAGCUGCACACGCUCGACCUUGCCCACAACCAGCUGACGGAUGACGCCUUCCUGUGGUCGCUGAUGAAUCUCAGCGUGCUAAACAUGAGCCAGAACGGGUUCCGCAAGAUCAAUGCCUCGCUGCUGGAGAGUCUGACGCUGGCCGAGCUGUACGAUAAUCCCUGGGACUGUCGGUUCCUGGUGCAGGAGCUGGCCCACCACAGCAGCAGUGUGAUCUAUGGCAAGAACUACCUGGUAGAGGAUACGGGCCGUAUACUGACCGCGACCGGUAUCGAGUGUACGGACGAACGGGGCAAACGCCGUGACAUUGUGGUGGUUGAACCGCCGGCCAAACCUUCCCCCGAUGAGAUGGAAUUUCAACGGUACAAAUUCUUCCACGAAGGGCACGUCGACACACGCCCCAUUCAGGACAACUUUGACACCAAAUCCACCGUCAUCUGGCUAAUGUCCGGUGCGAUCGCCGUGUUCGGUGCGUUCAAGCUGAUCCAGCUGCUGCUGCGACACUCGGAACACCAGAGCGAAAAGUGGCGCCUCGCCCAGCACGUAAGUAGCGACGAGGAUCAUGAAGCGGCGCGGCACUACUCGAGUGUCGGCAGCCCGGCCAGCCCUACCUCGCCCAACUCGGCCACCUCCGGAGGGUUUAACUUCUUCCUUACCGUGCCCCAUCAGGGUGGUAUGAGACAAUACUCUCCAACGAUAAAAUAGAUACUCAGUCAGUGUAUGGUAUGGUGUAUGUUUGUUUUGGGUGAAGCGUUUCAAUUCCACUGGAUGUGAUUGUGAUCUAGCACUGUGAGGAUCGUUGUGUAUCGUUUUAUAGCCUCUUUUUUGGACUAUAAAUUAAAGAUCAGUGCAUAUUAACGUGUGAUUUAUCUAAGCUGUCUGUACUUCCGUCCCACAGUUGUAAGCAUAUUGUAAUGUGUAUGUGUAAUGUUUAGUGAAGUAAAGCGGAACUCUAAUAAAACUGAACGUAAAAACUUAACAUCUGUUUACCUGUGAAACUAACUGUGUCGUUAAUUUGUAUUAACACAAUAAAUAUAUGUAAUUGUCUUUUUUGUGUAA